AUGAGAGCUGAGAAGCUUCACGGAUGGAUCAAAGACAAGGCUUCUUUGCCUCAUCCAAAAUUUGAUGAAAUCUUUGAGGCAUACGACGACUCGGCACUCUGUCCCCAACUAAACGACAACACUAACACUAUAACUGGGACUUUGGACUGCCUCCACCUCAACGUGUUCACACCCAACUCUGCUACGUCCCUGAACCUCCUCCCAGUCUUGAUCUACAUUCAUGGAGGUUAUCUGCAAAGAGGCGCAUUUGGCCGAGGAACUUAUGGACCAAAAUUUCUCAUGCAACACGAUAUCGUGUUGGUAACAAUCAAUUAUAGAUUAGGACCUUAUGGCUUCAUGUGUUUAAGUACUCCGGAGAUCCCAGGAAAUCAGGGACUAAAAGAUCAACUGAAAGCUUUGAGAUGGAUUAAAGAUAACAUUGAAGCCUUUGGCGGGGAUCCUAGUCAAGUAACUAUAACGGGACAAAGCGCAGGUGCUGCUGCUAUAGACUUCCAUUUAAUGUAUCCAGGAGAAAGAUUGUUUAAUAAGGUUAUACUGCAGAGUGGUGUAGCAUUAACUCCCGAAAGAAUGAUUGAAUUGGACAAUGAGACACCUAUAAGGCUAGCUGAAUAUUUCGAAUUUAAAACUAGUGAUUUGAAUGACGCCUUAACAUUUCUAGCUACUAAAGAUACUAAUUCAAUAAUAGAAGCGACACUGGAACUUGGCAUUGGUUUUAGAGCGUGUGUGGAGAAAGAAUUUGAAGGUGUGGAAAGAUUCAUACCACAGCACCCAGCCACCGCCGACCGGCCGAAUGUGAAAAAUAUCCCAGUAUUAUUAGGAUCAGUUGACAAAGAAUUCUUGGCCUCGUAUGCCGACAAGAAAUCAGAUUUUUUUCAUAACCUCACCAUAUUUAGAGACUCAUUAAAUAAUGUGUUUGAUUUCGGUGACGAUUUGGAGGUAGUACAUCGAAACUUGAGAAACUUUUACGUGGGUGAUCACGUUAUGAGAGAUGAGGACAAAUGGAAAGUGAUAGAUUUCAUGUCUGAUUUUUCAUAUGUUCAUCCUAUUCAACGAGCUAUGAGGAAGUACAGGCAGAACGAAGCGAGUAACAUAUACUUUUAUGUUUUUAACUAUGAUGGUGGUAGAAAUCUUGUGAAGUACAGGGACAACGUGCACGCGCCGGGAGCCACUCAUGCCGAUGAGUUGGGGUAUUUGUUCGACGUCUCUUUUAUUACCGAGGAGCCAUCGCCAGGAGAUCAGGCUGUUAUAGACAGAAUGACAACGAUGUGGACUAACUUUGUCAAAUAUGGGUAAGAAAAUUUGUUAAGUAAAUAUAAAUUUUAAUGACGCCUAAAAGAAAACCGUGAAAGUAAUUCAUACCAAAUACAGUCUAUUCGCAAUACAAGUAUAUACAGGGUGUUUUCAGUCACCUUCAAUAAUUUUCUUUUACUGUGGUUUAUCACCAUGAAAUUGUGAAAAAAAAAUUGGCUGAUGUUGAUAUUUUGUAUGGGAGUGUAUUUUUUUUUCGCUAUUUCGGUAUUGGUCCCAUAGUAAAAGUUGCUCAGUAGGUAUAACCUAUAUAUUCACGGCGUAACGUCACAGCUUGUCCGACGGUGGACGACUUUCAUUUAUCCAUAUAAAAUAAUUUAGAAAGCAAUGUAUAUGUAUGUGUGUGCUUUAACUCAAAACGUCGCAUUUAAUGACGCGACGUCACAACUGUCACAAAUGAUCACGAUAUACGAAAUACAUUGCCCCUCGAAAACAUCAACAAACAAACAAUAUCAUCAUUUCAUACCUACCACUAAAACCUACGUCUCGUUUAAGUUUGUGAUUACCUAUAUCAAAAAACACGCAGUAUACAUUAUAGAAAAUAUUUUUACACAAUUUAAUGUAUAUAGAUAGA